GUACGCCAUUUGUAUUUACGAGAUAGGGACGACGAGCAGCAAACGAUUUUCGUGCAAAAGUGAUUUGUAUUCCGACAGUUAAUCAAAGGAAAUGUUUCGCCUCAUAAUAUACAAGUGAUGUAUACCAUUAUUAUAUGUGACGUGCGGUAGUUUUGCGUGCGCACAGCGUGAAAACUACUCACGCAAACGGCUUAGUCCGCCGUGACCAUCGCGAACAUAACUCUUCCCAGUAGUACUGCUCUCGAUAAAAUGGAUUAUCGCGAGAAAAUGGUUGUGGUUCCUCAAUCAAAAAUCAAAAUUGAGGAUGAUGAUGAUGAAGAUUUAGAAACAUUAAGGAUGGUAGCACUUCAAUCGAUUCGAGCAAAAGAUACAACACGUAACAGACAACCAAUAUUACCACAAGUAACACAGGUGUCUCGUAUCCCAUAUAAACAACGGCCUAUAAGAAGGAAUUAUUAUAACAAUAGAAUUCCACAAAGACAAAAUGGCAAUGUAUAUUAUCAAAGCCCUCGUAAUCCAAACCUAAUAGCAAUAGUUCCUGUGGAUGAACCUUCACCACUUCAACAAAUUGAAACAGUUUGCCCUGUCAAAAUAGAAAAGACUGAGUCAAAAGUAGAACCAUGUUCUCAAGAAAUAUCAAAAUUUCAUCGUUUUAAAGACAAUGGAAGUGCUUCUGAAGAUGAAGAUAUGAAGGAGCAAAAGAAUACCACGUCUGUAAAGACAGAAGUUAUAGCAAAAGAAGAACCGAAAGAACCUUUAGUAAAAAUGGAGAUUCAGGAGGAGAUUACAGAGAGCUUGCAAAAGAACGGAGAAGAUCAAGAAGAAGAUAACGGUAACGACGAUGACGAUGAUAUACUUCUAAUGGCUGAUCUCGAAGAGGAAGACAGCCUAGAACGUUUAAUGGACGAGAUGGAGCGAGAAAUGAACGUGGGUAAACCAUUGGAGAAGAAAGAAAAGAAAUCGAGUAAAGGUGAGGGGAAGAAUUUAACGAGGCACGAGGAGGGAAAUAAAUCCUUCGAUCAAAGAACAAAACUGGAUGAAAAUUGCUCCGGCAAAAAGGAUAGGAACAAUGUUGCGACCGCUUCGUCCUUAACCACAGUCAAGAGCGAGAGAAGAUCGAUAUCGCCGCACACAGCGAACCGAGUGAAUCAGAAACGCAGAUCGUUGUCGCCGAAGUCGCGGUCACGUAAGAAGUCACCGAGAAGAUCUCCCAGAAGAUCUCCGCCGAGACAGUCGAGACGAUCACCAAGAGAAUCGAUGAGGUAUCGAUCACCGCGAAGGUCCCCGUCGCGAUAUUCCCCGCGACCCAGAUCGCCCAAACUCUCGCCGCGAAGAUCUCCGAAUCGAACAUCGUCCAUGAAAAGGUCACCACCGAGGAAGCUGUCGCCGAGAGGCAGAUCACCCAAGCUUUCCUCGCGCUCCCGAUCGCCGCGGCCGCAGAGAUCGAGGUCACCGCGAAGAUUGUCACGCUCAAAGUCGCCGCGACCGCGCACGCCAAAAAUCCGCUCGCGUUCCAGAUCACCACAACUGUCGAGAUCACGGACGCCGAGGUUCUCACCUCAGAGAUUAUCGUCACCGCCGCAUCGAUCGCCCAAGUCCAAGUCUCCCAGGUCACCUUCCAGGAGAUUGUCGCCGCGUCGAUUGCCAUCUAGAUCCAGAUCGCCCGGUUUGUCACCUCUCCGAAGAGGAUCGUCACGUUUACAAUCACCCAAGACGUCGCCACGUAGAACACCGCGCAGAUCGCCAUGGUCGUCUCCGAGAAAUUCGCCGCGACUCUCUUCGCCUCGACGCAGACGGUCCCCGAAGUGGUCACCAAAGGAAUUAUCUAGAAAACACGGGCUGCGUUCUGCCACUCCAGAUAAUCCGACUGGUUUACACGUGAGAGAAUCGUCACCGACUUUCAAGAGCUCAACGACACCGGAGAUACCACGUUUGAAGUCAAAGCAGAAAGAAGAGUCUUACGAAAGGCCGGUGACAACGGUAGAAACGAUGAAGGAGCCCGUAGAAGUGAUCAACGAUCCUGUGCUCGAGGCUAGAAGAAAGAAAUUCGAAUCCACGCGGCCUAUCGAUCCGGUGAAUGCCAACAAGAAAAUUAAAUUAUGCAAGAAAUACACUGUGAGUACCAAAGUGGAAGCUCCGGAAACAAUAGAGGUUCAGUUAGGCGGAAUAAGAAAGAUCAACAAAUCGUCGGAUGAAUACGAUAUGCAAGAUGUGGACCUGUGCCUGGAAACCAGUUACGAGUUCGAGGAGCUCGAAGGUGCGGAUGAUGAGUCUCCGAGCGCUAUUACGAGUUCGAUAAGUACGUGUAUAGAUGUGGAACCGCAGAAAGUAGAGAAGGAAAAGCCCUCGAAAAAGAGAAAGAAGCGUGACAAGGAGUUAUAUCAAGUGGGAAAGCUGAAGAACGAACUGCCGCUUUCCGAGCGCAUCGGGAAGGACAAAAAGUGUAAGAAACGCAAGGACAUCGUCUCCGACGGACCAAGCGAGGACGUGGACGCUAUAUUUGAGGACUUGGCGAUAGACGAGGAGGGAGACUUGCGGGCGGAACUCAGCAGAAGGCGUGCGGAGAGAUUGAAUAGAGCAGUUCCCAUUCAGUCUGCCAGAUUAGUGCAGUCAGCCUUUAAAGGCGUCGUCAACGAGGUUGUGAAGAAUAAUGCUAAGGCCAAUCAGAGGCACGUUAUUAAUACCGAUGAAAAAAUCAAUCAAAAGGAAGUUAGACGAGUUACAGUUCUACAUCGAUCUGUAACUGAGUUACAUGAUUCUGAAGAUGAAAGUACUCUUGAUUCAAAGGUACCGGUGCGUUUCCGGCUCGGUCUCAACAAACAAGAACCCAGGGAAUCCAAGGUUACUCGAAAAGCAUCCAAAAGACAAGGUCGUAAGGUAAAACAUAAAAAUCACUUGUCUCUAAAAGAUCCUGAGCAUAUUUUGUAGUGUAUAUCAUACCUUCAUAGGUGUCACUCUAACUUUACCCGUAAGUAGUGUGUGAUAAACCUUCGUCCACCAAAUUUCAUUGAUACCUUUAUAACACUGAGUCGCGGAAAAUUCUCUAAGUAGCAUAUAACGAGUCAUUACGCGAUAUUUCACCGUAACGUUACGAAUUAGCACGACGUUAUGCGAACGAUAAUAGACUGCUGUAAUCACACUGGCUUCACAAAUAACCAUUUUCCUCAACGCGUUCGUUAACGGUAGAGCGUCUCUCAAUUAGACAUCAGUUUUUCUUGUCGUGACGAGCAAUUUCAUUAGCGGCAAAGAUAUUACAACACGAAAAGGAAUAACAAUUUAUAUAUCAUUCGGAAUUAUCUAUAAACGAUAUGAAACGGAGUAUGUGCCUUUCAACAAUAGUCAGGAGAUAACGCAAAUUCGACAACUUGCACAUUAAAUUUCAUCCAAGAAAUGUUAGAGCAUGUUUCCGUGUAAGGUAGACGCAGAAUCCGAUAACAAUACCAAAUACCGAAAAAAAGGACAUAAACGUUAUAAAAGAAAAUACGUAGAAUUUCUUCCAUAGAUUGUUUAGCAUCAUAUAAUUUGAAUACUGAACGGUUCAGUAAAAAAUAAAAGUGAUUCGUUCUUUUUUGUUUAGGGAUAAGAUAAAUCCGCGUUCAUCCGAUCGAAAUAUUUGUAUGAAGAAAGAGAGAAAGUGAAAAAGAAAGAGAGAAAGAGAGAGAGAAAGAAAGUAGCGGUUCAUCUUACCUCAUUAGGUUGUCGACGUAGGAAGAUGAGUUCUUUGAAAGGCUUAUAUUAUGUCAUUUGUAAGACGUACAUGGAGCGGUGGCUCUUUUCGUUUCAAUUAUACAAUAUAAUAAUAAUACUAAUAAUGCAUUAGAGGACAAUAUCCAAAAUUUUCGAUACUUUACGAUCUAAGUGUACCUAGUUAUUUAUUGUUAAGCAUUGCUUAGGUAGUUGGUUACGUGUGAUUAUAUUAAAUCAUGUGUUGAAGAGGAUGUGUACAUAAUUUACUUUGAUCGCUCACAUAAAUAAACAGGAAUAAUUGAUAAUCCCAAAACUACCUUUUGCAAAACCAUAAGCAUAUUUUAUAUGGAGGUAGUCACAAGUCUAGACGUACCUUAAUUGUACAUAUGACGCUUAAAUAUCGAUCAACAAAUCGAAAACAACUGUAGUAUAUAUUGUAAAUCCAAUUAACGAUAUUGUGGCACCAAAUAACUUGUACAAAGUAUCACAUGUAGCAGCAGCAGAUACAACUUUAUUAACAUUUAUUUGCUACGUGAAAUGUACUUUGAAAGAGGUGAGAAACGAAAUUUCUAAAACCUGGUCGUGAUGUUUUAUAAGUGGAUAAUAUAUAUAUUGUAUGUACGUAUCUAUGUCGGUCUGUACGGCUAGUUGAGAGGAAGGAGGACAGAAAGGGAGAGAAAAUUAAUUGCAAUAAUGCAUCGAACAAUUAACGGUAGAAUUUUCUGGAUCUUUUAUGUUGAAGUGUACUGCAUUUACAACAAUUUAGAAAAAAAAAAUGUGUUAUUUGUCAAAAUUGUACGAAACACAUAUAUGUGUGCGUGUGUAUGUGCUUAUUUUAUAUGUUCGACGACAGAUUCUCUGCGAAUUCUCUAUUGUACGAUUUUAUAUUAUAUAUAUAUAUAUAUAUAUAUAUAUAUAUAUAUAUAUAUAUACACAUACAUAUAUUUUUAUUGUGCACCUUCCGCGAGGGUGGUUGUAUUCUAUUUAAUCUAUUUUACAAGAACGUAUUUAACUAAUCCCGGUGUACGACGCGCGUGUCAUUACUUUUAAUUAUAUAUUUCCCUAUAUCUUUCUCGAUAGAUUUAGCAUAUAGCAUGCAUAAUAAUUAGAACGUAUGUAUUGUCGAUAUGCGUGGAAACUUUUCGGGCUGUUUUAUUAGCAGCUAUUACUUGUACAUAAAUUUCGUUUUAUUUCUCGAAGAUAAUGUUGAUACAUCAUCACACAAGCCGAAUACCUCAUAGUAUCUAUGAAGGUGUAAACGCUGCUUUUACAUCAAUAAAAAUACUAAUAUUACAUUUAUAAAAAUUUUCUUCCAUGGAAGUUUAUAUUACGAGUAUCGAGAUAGUCGAUUAUUUAGCAUUAAAUGUUCAAUAUAUUAUAUAUGUAUAUACACGUAUGUAUAUAUGUAGCCAAAGUGAUAUUAUCAAGGUGUGCGUACCUUUAAUCUAUAUUUUAAUUAAAAAACACCAAGUUCGCGCGCGAAAUUAUUUUUUUUCUUUUUGUUUUAUGUUUUUAUUUCCUUUAUAUGUUUUUCACACUCUUGAUUGAUCAAUAUCGAACGCUAUUAUUAUUACGCGUUGGUCGAACGAACCUUCUUAUGCCAUGUCACUUUAUUUGCACGUAUCCGUACGUGCGUAGCUCUACAUCAACUCUGAGAGUUGCGCGUUAGAUAUCUUUUAGCUAGAAAUACAACGAGAGACUGAAAAGACUUUUGAGAUUAUGGGCCUUAAUCAAUGCAUGAAUAUAAGCAAUGCACAAUAUGAUGUGAUACUCGAAGGGAUUUUUACGGUUUCCCUUACGUGCGUCUUGAUUAUCUUAGAAUAACACAGACAGUUACGCGUAUAAUAUUUUUAAUAUUUAAAGAACAUUUAAGAAAUAGGUUCAAGCAAUAUCACAGGUUGAUAAUUGAUCUUGUUACGGAUGUAAAAAUCUAAUGAUGAUACAGAUGAAAUUUUAUAUUAUUAUUCCAUUAGUUUACACAACGCGAUAUGCGUGCAUAAGGUAUCUUAUAGUACAAUUUUACUUAUUUUAGUCAUAGCGAAUCGCUUCAGUUUCUAAAGAUCUCUGUAUGCUGGAUGUGCAGGUGACUUAAAAUGACAAUUCGUAAAAUGACAAUUGUAAAUCUCUUCGAUUUGACUUCUGUGUUAUUCUGCGAUAUAACCGCGUUCGAGUCGCGGUUCUGAUUGUUACGGUUUAUUUAAUUUAUUAGCUUAAUUUCUCUGUCAUAAAGUGGUAAAUACAGAUGGAAGUAAUGUGACGCGAUAAAGUAUCGAUAAUAACAUAACUAUCUGAUUACGUGAUAACAUAAUGAUUACGUGAUAACGCAAUGGUAUAACGUAUAAUUCUCUAAAGCCGUGUAGAUCUCACUAAUGUUUUUUUCUUUCUUAGAUAAUAAUUAGAAAUUGUUAUACAAGUAUCAAUGAUUAUAAUAAUCGCAAUAGAGCAGAAUCGGAACUAAUUUCGUGUUUUUUCUUUGUCUAAUAUUCGUACAAUCUUCUAUAUCACGCGUGCACGAUGAUUUCCUAUAUCAUUGCAGAUUAAUUUUGUAUGACAAUUUGGACGACGGAUUCGCGUGUACGAGUCCUCGCGGCGUAAAUUCUUUCUUGUUUAUAUUAUCGGAAUAUUCAGCCAUCUGUAAUUUACCACGCGAACAUAUCGCAUUGCGUAUAAAUGUACCUAUUUAUAUACACCUGUGUAUUUGUACUUAUACCUUCUUGCAAAAGAAAAAGAGGAAAAGAGAAAAAGAAAAAAAAAGAUCGUACUUCCUACUUAGAUGUAGCAACGUUUAAAUUAAUGCCGAAGUAAGAUAUCAACGAGGGCUUACUUCGUGACGUCACUUUAUAAUUAAUUGAAUCUCUUAUUUCAGAAAAUACGGAAUAAAAUAUUUUUCAGCUA